AUGUCAACAGAACUUAUCGAAAAGGCUUGGGUUUAUUCUCAAUUCAACAACGUAGAAGAACUCGCCAAAUUAGUUCCUUCACAAGUUAGUGCUGAUGCUUCAAUCAAAUCUCCAACAAAUCAAGUUCACACAUUAUUAAUGAUCGCUGCAGCAUCCGGCGCUGACGAAACAUGCCAAUAUUUAAUCGAAAAAGGUGCUAAUGUCAACAAAAAGAAUCCAUUCGGCUACUCAGCACUUCAUUGGGCUGCUUAUUGCGGACGAUCAGAAUGCGUUGAACAGCUUAUCAAAGCUGGUGCAUCAUUCGAAGACAAGAUACAAGAAGGCAAGAAUGCUCUUCAUAUUGCAGCUUUCCGCGGUCAUAUUCAAUUUAUCGAAUCCAUCCUUGAGUUAGGAGCUGAUAUUAAUUCAGUUUCUAGCAAUGGUUUAUGCGCUAUGCACUACGCUAUCAGAGCUAAUCAGCAUGCUGUUGCUAAAUUCCUUCAACAGCAUGGAAUUGAAUACGAUGGUUUAGAUCCAGAUCGCCAAACACUCGAGCAAUUCGCUGAGAAGUUCGACCGUAAGUGGAUUAAGGAUGUUCUCCAGCCAGCUGAAAAGAAGGAAGAAGAGAAACCAGAGGAGAAAAAGCCAGAAGAGAAGAAGCCUGAGCCAGUAAAGAAGCCAGAAGAAAAGAAGCCUGAAAAUGAAGAUUCUGAUGAGGAUAUCGUAAAAUUUGUUGAGAAGAAGGCAAAGAAGGCAUUAUCUCCAAAGAAGCAUUAA